GCACGCUUCGUCAUCAUCGAACACCGCAAAUGCUUUGAUAUAUUUCCCGAAUAAGAGCCCAUCUACCCUUCCAGCUGCGAUAUGAAAUUUAUCUUAAAUAACUUCUUGCUUUCCAUGAAAAAUGUCUUAAUUGCUUGUUAGAUGUACAGUUACAAUAGUGAUGAAAUAUGGGUGUGAAAGUAGAAAUUUAGACACAAGUGAAACUAACUGUUUUAGUGCUGCUCCAACCCAUUUCUGUUAAACAACUUUAUAAAAAUUGGAGCGAAGGGGAUCCCUGCUUUUUUACCUUAUUUUCUUACGCGUGGGUUUAAGUUUUUGGGGCUUCCCUCACGGCCGUGAAAUUCCCUCAUUUGCAAUGCAAAUUCCCGGCUAAAGAGGUUAAUUAUCAUGUACGCUCCUCCUCUGUCACUAGUUAUACGUCACCACGUGGGUUCGUCUGUCUGUCGCACGAGAGAAAGAGCGAAACAUGAGACACACAGGUUUCUGUGACUCCUAGUGAUGUGGUUGUGUGAACGAUGUCCCAUCUCAGGUGGGAUUGAAGAGGCCGUCAUCAUGGAUUGUCAGAGCGACCAAAUCGAAAUGCUCCUGGCUCACAUGAACAUCGAGGACAUUAUCAACGCCGCGGAAACACUGUUCCCUUCCAUUGAGAGCGGAGCGUCCUCCGGGGACACUUCAUCGCGGGAUGAGAUGGAGGACGAGGAGAACACAGACUCAAGGAACACUGAAGACUCAUCUUGUGGGAACCGGGCUCUUGGCAGGGUCAGAUAUGGGCCGGUGACUGAACUGCUGUCCUUUGUGAACGAGAUUUGCAGCUCCCAGUUUGACACGGGACUCUCGGAGGAGAUGGGCGUGAUGCUGAACAAGACUGACAUGGCGAUCCUGGACGGCCACUAUCGCAUCGGCCUGGAAGUUUUCUUGUUCCCAUGGAAACUGACCUACAGGAGCUACAGCUCGGGACACGUCCCUAAAGGAUCUUUCGGGGCUGUCCAUUUGGCUCAAGACGGGGAGACCAGGAAGCGAAUGGCUUGCAAGCUGAUCCCGCUGGAGCACUUCAAGCCGGCUGAUGUGGAGAUCCAGGCCAUGUUUCGACACGAGAACAUCGCUGAGCUCUAUGGCGCCCUGCUGUGGCAGCAGACCGUUUACCUGUUCAUGGAGGCCGGCGAGGGCGGCUCUGUCAUGGAGAAGCUGGAGAGCUGUGGACCCAUGAGGGACUUCGAAAUCAUCUGGGUGACCAAACAGGUGCUCCGGGGGCUGGAAUACCUGCACUCCAAGGACGUCAUACACCACGACAUUAAGCCUAGUAACAUCGUCCUUAUGUCAACCAAGGCUGUUCUGGUGGACUUUGGGCUUGCUGUGCAGAUGACGGAGGAGGUGUACACACCCCAAGACAUGCGUGGCACGGAGAUCUACAUGAGUCCUGAGGUGGUGCUCUGCAGGGGUCAUGACACCAAAGCCGACAUCUACAGCCUGGGUACCACCAUCAUCCACAUGCAGACCGGAUUCCCCCCCUGGGUUAGGAGAUACCCCCCCUCUGCCUACCCCUCCUACCUCUACAUAAUCCAUAAGCAGGCGCCCCCGCUGGAGGACAUCGCAGAGGACUGCAGCCCAGCCAUGCGCGCAUUCCUGGAGCGGUCGCUGGCACGGAGCCCCCAGCAGCGGAGCUCGGCGGCGGAGCUGAUGCGGGAUGAGGCGUUGAAUCCCCCCCGCGAGGAUCAGCCGCGCUGCUGGAGCCUCGACUCGGGGAUGGUGGACGUCUCCCAUGGCCUGCUGAGGCAGCUCAGCCAGCUGCCGGACACGCUGCAGGACUCCAUCCUCUACAGCCACGAGGACUAUGCAGCUCUCAGGAAGACGGGGUCCCUCUACAUUGACCUGGGAUCCCUGGCUGGAUACUGCAACAUUGUCCAAGGCCCCCCAGGAUCUGAUUACAGAUGAGAGUCUGGGUGGGGGCCUUGGAUUUGCUUGCGAAGAGAUCGGGGAUCGGCAAAAUUGGGCCAAAAGCUUCUCCUUGGAGUUUGCCCCGCCUUCCCUCCACCCCACCUCAUGUGGGGGGGGCAGCGCGUGAGUCACCCAGUGUGCAGCCAGCAGGUCCGGCCCAUGUGGUGCCCAAGGCAGGGACAGACGUACAGCCAGUCCUGAACGUCACACUGGAAAGGCUUGGGAAUCCAUGGCGGAUUUCACUGCAGACUGAUGAAGCAGAGUGACGAGGCUUGCCUGCUUUUAACACGCAGAGGUGGGAAAUUCAGAUCCAGAGAGUAAAAAUCCAAACCAGGAUUUUGCUUCAACCAAUCAUAAAGAGUCACAGUCACAGAGUACUCAACUGUUUGGUUGAAACAAAAUCUUGUUCUGGAUUUUUACUUUCUGGACCUGAAAUGUCUGCUUCUGUUACCAGGGCACAUAUUGCUGGUGCAGACACCCCCCCCAUUCAGUGUGUCGCUGUAGCCCUGCAUUGACAUACCUUUAUUAUAACAAGGCAAUGACAAUCUAUGAUCAUGUGAUCAUGCUGGGUUACACGAAAAAUUUGGCGUGAAAAUUAAGACCGGCUUUUCCCCUUUCUUUAUACCUGUGUUACAUAUUACUAAUGAUGCACCCCCCCCCCCCCCCCAAAAAAAACAGACUUGGUCUGAUUAAUCAGUUGUUUGUGGUCAAUGUCUUUCCAGUGGAAACAUUAAGUAAUUGCUAAGCAAAUGCUUUUUAAAUAUAAGCCCGUUCUAAUCUUAGCUGUUCUGUGUACAUCCAGUGAGAUGAGCUGUUAACAAGUAAUAACCAUCGGGCAUUCCUGAAAUGACUUAAGACCAGCCCAGCCUUCGUUGCUAUUGUUCAUAUUACCGAGAAAUACCGAAAUAAAAGCUUCUAAAAACGCAAA